CGUUGAUUUACGAGGACGGUUUCUUAAAAAAUAUACAAUAAUUUCUCGCGCCAUAGGAAGAGACAGAGAAGCUCCAUUUUGAAAGGCGAAGUCAAAACAGCUCCAUGGACGCAAUCAGGCACACAUGCCUGAAGCUUGAAGUACCAACCAACGCCCAGCCAGACGAAAGAAGCUCCAUCUUCGUCAAAGGCACUUGGAAUCAUCACCGUUUCGAUCUCUCCAUCACCGACGGCCUCCACGCUUGGACGUGCCAUGCGACGGAGGACGAGGUUCGAUUGCGCGCUGCACAAUGGGACCAAAAACCGUCGGACUAUGUGGCAUUGGCCGAACGCUAUUUAGGGUUUCAACAGCCUGGUUCGAUCUAUGGCUUUGCCGAUGCUGGAAAUGGGUACAAGAGGCUUUCUUGGACAUUUGACAAAGAAGGGAUGAAGUUAGAAUGGCGAUGGAAGUGUCAACCAGCGUCUGAUAAUAAGACAACUACAGCAGAAAUAUUGAACUUUCUUAUGGAUGCAAACAUAAGGCUGAGCGAAGAGGUUGUGAGAAAAACUCAAUCAGUUGAGAGGCUGAAGGCAGAAUCUGAGAAGUGUUUAGCUCAGAGUGAGAAGAUUUGUGAUGAAAAAGUGGAGUUUGAAACUGCAAUAUAUGCAAAGUUUCUGAAUGUCUUGAAUGCAAAGAAGGCAAAGCUUAGAGAGUACAGAGAUCAGCUUUCGAAACAAACCACUACCGGUAGCAAACUGAAACAAGAAGAGUACUCCUCUGAUAAAACCGAAUCUUUUGACGAUGAAAGCGAUGCAGAAAAGAACUGACAGAGUCGUAUGACUUGCGGAUCAAGGAAUGUUAUAUGUUAAGCUUUCUUUCUUUCUUAUUUGAGCACAAAAACAAAUUUGGAGAUUGAGGAUUUGAAUCUUGUACUGAUGAGCUAUAUUUAUAGAGACAGCAACGACACAGACUACACUUUGGAAAAAAAUAUAUAUAUUAUUGUUGGAUUUUGGCUUUGGCUAAAA